AUGCCUAGCCUGCCGACAUUCGCAGCUUCGAUAAGCGAUUCACUUCUCGGGCACUCGAAAGUGGAAAGAGAUUUACAAGUACAGGUUGAAGCACAGGAUCCUAAUGUGAAGACGUUCGUCUCUUCUAAUGGAUCAGUGAUUCCAUUGAGAAAGAAAAGGAAGGACCCAGCACAAAUUGAUACCAGUUGGUCCGCUGAUGAAGCGUAUGGAAUAAAUAUCAAUGCGUUACUGGAUAGGAUAGAGAAUGAUGUUGGAGACUCGACUCCGACUAACAAUUUACAACCUCAGAAGGAUAUAGACAAGGACAAGGACAAGAAGAGAUUAUCGUCUGGAAACACUUUAUGGACUGAGAAAUGGAGACCACACAAGUUUCUGGAUCUUGUGGGUAACGAACGUCUCAAUCGUAGAGUUCUUUUCUGGUUAAGGCAAUGGUCACCGUUGGUGUUUGAUGAAGAAUUGCCUGAAUUAACGACGUUUAAGAAACACAGUAACCCAGAAAAUGAUGCAAGCGAUGAGUAUGCGGACCCUUUAAAAAGACCAAUGAAACGAAUUCUUCUGAUUCAUGGACCCCCCGGAAUAGGGAAGACUAGUGUAGCCCAUGUUGUUGCUAAACAAGCGGGUUAUUCGGUGAUGGAGAUUAAUGCAAGUGAUGAAAGAGCUGGCGAUAGAGUCAGACACAAGGUUCAAAACGCAUUGUUUAACCAUACUUUCAAUGACAAACCAGUCUGUCUUAUUGCAGAUGAAAUUGAUGGGAGUGUGGAAAACGGAUUCAUAAAAGUUUUGUUAGAUAUCAUCAAAUCUGACUCGAAGGCCACCCAUGAUCUUAUUACUGGCCGUACGGGGAAAGAUCAUCAUUUCAAAUCAUCUGCCAGAUUACAAAAGAAGAAGAAAAACAAGGAUAAGCUACUGACAAGACCUAUAAUUGCCGUUUGUAACAACGUCUAUGCAAAUGCAUUGGAAAAAUUGAGACCACAUUCUGAAAUAAUUCACUUCCAAAAACCUUCUGAAAAUGCGUUGAUGGAACGGUUAGAAUACGUUUGUAAGAAAGAAAAAGUUCAUGUAUCGAAAACGUUGCUGAAAGAGUUAGCGGUCCUCUCACAAGGUGAUGUGAGAAACAGUUUGAACAAUCUUCAGUUUAUGACCAAGAAUGGGUUUGAUAAGGAUAAAUUAGUUACCAAUGGUUCAGAUGCAGAAUGGACGGAUGAUAAACGUAAAGAUAUAGGCAUCACUUGGUUCAAGAUCUGUAAUUCCAUCUUUAAAAGGGAUCCAUACCUAGACGUGAAACUGCAAUUGAAGAAUUUGUUGCGAGAUGUAGAAACUAGUGGCAAUUACGAAAGGAUUAUAGAAGGCUGUUUCACAUUGUUUCCUGAGGUGAAUUAUAGCGAUCAUGGUGUUACAAAACCAGGUCGCAUCUCAGAUUGGUUAUUCUUCAACGAUCGUAUGUUUCAAUCUCUAUUCGAGCAUAACGGAGAGUUGUUAAGGUAUUGUGCCUUCACACCUUUAGAAUUUUUCGUUAUGUUUGGUGAUAUAGCCAACAAGGACGAAUUGAAAGUGAAAACGAACAGUUUCGAAAUUAAAGAGAGGGAACGCGCAUCUUUGAACUUGCUCGAUGUGAUAAACUCCAAAUGUUCUAUCACAUCGAUGAUAUAUGCAAACAAACAGACGUUGUUAAUGGAAAUUCUUCCCAUGGUGGACGAAAUAUUAUCUACGGAUCUAAGUCGAGUCCGAGAUGCACAGAUCAGACAACGAUCACUUGAUCUCGUAAUACCCUUAUUCCAUGACUUCCAAUUACAAAUACAACAGUCAACUAAUCCAGAUACACGAAACGCUCUGGUGGUCGAUCCACCGUUGGAUCAAAUAGUCCUAUUGGACGGAAAGAAACUAAGAGAAGUGAUCACUAAGAGACCCAUCGCAUUAAAAUUCUCAUUGGCUAAGUUAGAAGAGGAGAAAAUUAGGAAAAGGGCAUUGGAUAGGGUCAUGAGAGAUAAAGAGACUAAUGAGAACAAUCGCAAGAGGCAAAAAAUGGAAGGUACGGGAUCAAGAUCGGUAGAUUUUUUCAAAGAUCAGUACAAUUCCAUUAAAACAACCGCAGAAAAUGCAUCAUUGGUUGCUCCUCCUACAAAGAAGACCAGAUCAGCCUUCAGUUUCACCAGAGAGAGUACACCUACAACCGCAGACGAAGCUGCAAAAGCAGCAUUGAACGCAGAAGAGAUGAGAAUAUGGGUGAAAUAUAAAGAAGGUUUUUCCAAUGCGGUGCGGAAGAACAUUUCAUGGUCACAGUUAUGGGAGUAA